AUGGAGGUGUCUGACGGGCGGUACCUCGGGGCCGUGGUGCGCGGCAGGAUGGAGGGCCUGGGCAGCUACACGCUGCCGACCGGCACCGAGUACCGAGGGAUGCUCAAGGACGGGAUGUUUGAGGGCGAGGGAGAGCUGCUGUUCCCCGACGGCGGAGUAUACCGGGCGGUCUGGCACCGCGGGGUGCCCACGCAGGGGAAAUACACUUUUGCAGAUGGUCUCGAAUACACAGAUAAAAAAUGGCAUUACUGUGAUGGCUACGACAGAAGAUUUUACACAGAAAUCUGCUCUGGUCUGAUAGAACCAGAUAUUUCUCAGCUUACAAAUCUGGAUCCUCCCCCAGAAAUCCCAAAAGGCUGUUACGACUGUGGUGAUGGAUUCUAUAAUCCUGAAACCAGAGUUGUUGUCGACUACAAAUUCAGGUUUCUGAGAAACGCAGAUGAUGAGGAGCACGAAUGGAUCAUUCAGACCUGCCGACAAGCUUGGGAUGAGACAAGUGAGCAGCAACCAAAACCAUGA